AUGCUAGCAAUAAAAGACGGCAUUUUACCAUUUCGAGAAAUUGACAUUAUUGUCUCCGAAGAAGAAAGACAAAUGAAAGAAGCGAGGAUGCAAAAGUACUGUCCACCUCUUGACUCAGCUUUGGUCGCAGCUAUCUUCAAUGAUAUUAAAAACUUCAAAGAUUGUUGUGAUAUCUUUGAGAAAUUAGCCAACGAGGCUAAUUUAGUUUUGGACGCUACGCUAGCAUUGGAUGCUGAAAGAAGCAAGAAUGAAAUGAAUUCUGGAAACAGCAGUAGUAGCAACUACAAAAGCUCUAAUGGUGGCGAAACCGGGGAAGGAUCAAUGACUAGUGUUGAAAAUAUGAUAGACUACCUUUCUAUAGGAGAAGAUUCCGGAAGUAUUUGUUCGGAUGAUUACAUUCCUUUAGAUGAGGAAAUUAAAUAUCUCGAAUCCUCUGCAAUAAAUAACACAAUCGACUCGCCCACCGAAUUUUUGAAAUCAUGUUUCCCUAUGAUUUCUGAAUUUAUCGAUACGUUAUUGCAAGAAAGUGAUGAUAAUGUAGAAGCGGUUUUGAAUAUGCUGCUUAACGAGCAAGAUAAUUCAUACUUUCAAACAAGUUCAACCCCAUCUUCCGUUACUGUGAACGAUCCUAACGACGAGGAUAAUUUCUUGAUUUCGGAAUCUCGUUUUAAACGUCGUAAAAAAAAGCGACCCAGGAAACCAAAACGAAACAUCAUAAUUCAAAAUAAUACAUUUCGUUCCUACGCUAAUGUAUCUUCGGCUUCAAGUAGCCCUGCAACCUCGGCAUCAUCAAUGUCGUCGCCAUCUUCUACUUCACGUUGGGGCACACCAUCACCUUUGACUUCACCAACACAAUCAACGAAUCAAUGGAAUAAUAACCUUCAAGAUGACUUGUUUGAUGAAAAUCUGAGUCAAUUGGUAACCGUGUUUCCCGAUCACGAUUUUGAAAGGCUUAGGAAUGCUCUCGUCACUAGUAAGGGACAAUUUGAAAUUGCGAUGGAUAUGUUAUUAUCCCCUAAUAACAAUGUUUGGAACGGCAAUAAUGAGGCUAUCAAACUACGAAGCAAAGAUAAUACGCAAACAUCUCAAACGCCAUCUUUUUCGAAUGUUGUUAAGGAUCAAAAUAGGUCAUCAUUACAAAUUCCGAUAAGAUUCGAUUUUUCAUCAAAUCGUCAAAAAUACAAGGUUUACGAUGUUGAUGAUGAUGAAUUAAUAGAUCAUGAAGAUCGCUAUGAUCCAGGACAUUGUCGUAUGAUGGCUCAAGAUUUCAUGGCUAAACGAGGCGAAGCUUUUAGAAAAGCACUCGACUCUUAUCAAAGGUCUAAAGGUCAUCGUAAUGGAGAAGGCGGAAUUUCAUUUCAUUAUUCAACCGAGGGAAGGAAAUUUGAUACAGAAAUGAAGAAAUGGAAUUUGAGAGCUGCCAGAUCUUUAGUUAGAUUAAAUAGUGAGAAAAGAAGGGAGGAGAAUGUUCUUGAUCUCCAUGGUUGUAGUGUAAAUGAGGCACUCACUAUUGUUAAGGAAAAGUUGAAUCAAUGGUACUCUGAAUCUGGCCGUACAUCGUUGAAACCAUUGAAGAUAAUUACGGGAUUGGGAAAACAUUCACCUAAUGGAGUGGCAAAGUUGCCUUCAGCGAUCAAUAAAUUUUUGGUCAAGGAUAAUUGGAACGUUAAAGAUUAUAAAGGUUAUUUAAUGGUUAAUGGAAUAAAAAAUAUCCCUUAA